AUGUCAGAUUCCAACACAACCGACUUCAGCAACCCCUCCACUUUCAUCCUACUUGGUAUUCCUGGCCUAGAGGCAGCCCAUAUCUGGAUCUCCAUCCCCUUCUGUGCUAUGUAUGCCAUAGCCUUGUUGGGGAAUUUUACUAUCCUGCUCAUCGUGAAGACGGAGCCGAGCCUCCAGGGGUCCAUGUUCAAUUUUCUCUGCAUGCUGGCCGUCACUGACCUGGUCAUGUCCACAUCCACCGUACCCAAAAUGCUGAGCAUCUUCUGGUUCAAUUCCAGGGAGAUCAGUUUCAGUGCCUGCCUCACACAGAUGUACUUCAUUCACUGCUUCUCAACGAUGGAGUCUGGAAUCCUCAUGGCCAUGGCUUUUGAUCGCUACGUGGCCAUCUGCAAUCCUCUGAGACAUUCCACAAUCCUGACAAACUCUGUUGUUGCCAAGAUAGGCCUGGCCGUGUUGCUGCGCAGUGCCAUACUCACAUUACCCUAUCCCUUCCUUGCGAGGCGGUGGCCAUAUUGCAGAACCAACAUCAUCCCCCACUUCUAUUGUGAGCAUAUGGCUGUGGUGAACCUGGCCUGUGCUGACAUCCGCAUCAGUAGUUACUAUGGCCUGUUUAAUCUUUUCUCUGAGAUCGGAAUGGAUGUUUUUUUUAUCGCCGUGUCCUAUACUCUGAUCCUCAGGGCCAUCUUCCGCCUCCCCACGAAGGAUGCCCGGCUGAAAACUUUUGGGACCUGCAUCUCUCAUCUUUGUGCCAUCUCAGCUUUGUACAUCCCAAUUUUAUUCUCCUCCCUCACGCAGCGGUUUGGCCAGAAUGUGCCACUGCAUUUGCGCGUUCUCAUUGCCAGUAUGUACCUGCUGGUGCCUCCCAUGCUACACCCCAUCAAUUAUGGGGUGAGGACCAAACAGAUCCGGGGCAGGCUGCUCCAGCUUUUUACUCAUAAAGAGACCUAA